UGUGUUUUGGUUCGUUUACUAAGAUGUUGAGCGCUAGCUGGAUAAUGUAGGAACCAGCAGGAGGAGAGGAGAGUUUGGCAGGCUAGUUUUCCUCAUAUGGCAGAAGUGUCGGUCAAAUGCCCGUUUGUGUGGCUGCUGCUGUGGCUCUGCGUCCGGCUGUCCGAGACCAAAAACACUCGAGUCUCUGUGGGCGAUGACAUCCUGCAGCCCUACGCCCACGGCCACGGCCCCUCCCAUUCUCACCGCCAUGUCAGAGACUGUCAGCCCGUCGUCCAUGGCAACAGCACCUACGAGAGCCAGCCCCCCAGCCAUCACAGCCGCCUGCCGGUGGCCGAGUCCACGGUGUUUGUGUCAGACGUGCCGGGGAGCUCCAGAAUGGUUUACGGUCACAUAACGGCGGUCCAGGACCCUCUGAGGACGGUGUCGGUGUUGGAGCCGGGCGGGCCGGGCGGCUGCGGGAUGAAACAGAGGGCCUCGGUGGAGGAAACGGCCGAGGCUGCCGGGUGUCUGUACGCCCAGAACGCCGGCUUCUUCAACACGUCGACAGGCCGCUGUCUGGGCAACGUGGUGAGCGACGGCAGGGUGGUGCAGGACAGCGGCGGGGUGCAGAACGCCCAGUUCGGCAUCAGGAAGGACGGCACCCUGGUGUUCGGGUAUCUGUCCCAGGAGGACGUGCUGGACCAGUCCAACCCGUUCGUCCAGCUGGUCAGCGGCGUGGUGUGGCUGUUGAGGAAGGGCGAGGUCUACAUCAACCAAAGCCUGAAGGCCGAGUGCGACAAGACGCAGGAGACGGGGAAAUUCCGCACUUUUGUGGACGUGGUGUCGGCCAGGACGGCGGUGGGCCACGACGCCGAGGGCAAACUGAUCCUGUUUCACAUCGAUGGGCAGACUGGAGUCAGGGGUAUGAAUCUGUGGGAGGUGGCUGAGUCUCUGAAGAGCUACGGGGUCAUCAAUGCCAUCAAUCUGGACGGAGGCGGGUCUUCCACCUAUGUGACUGGCGGCUCAUUGGCCAGCUACCCCUCUGAUCACUGCGUUACUGACGACAGGUGGCGCUGUGCUCGGCCCGUCUCCACCGUCUUGUGCGUUCACCAGCGGCGCUGCCAGCCGGCAGACUGCAACGACCACGGGGACUGUGUGGACGGACGCUGUCGCUGUCAUCAGGGCUGGCAGGGUGAAGAAUGUGACUCUCUGGUGUGUCAGGCGCCGGCCUGCGGCCCUCACGGUGUCUGCACUGCCGGCGGUUGUGUCUGUGAUGCUGGAUGGAGAGGAAAGAACUGCAGCCAAGAGUGCCUCCCGGGUUUCUAUGGUGACGGCUGCAAUCACACCUGUGCCUGUUUUAACGGCGGUUCCUGCGACCCCGUCCACGGACGCUGCGCCUGCCCCCCUGGUUUCCGCGGCGACGCCUGUGAACAAGCGUGUCCUCUGGGUUUCUUCGGGCCGUCCUGCGCUCAGGAGUGUCGCUGUGACGACCAGUGUCCAUGUGACCCGCAGACAGGAAGCUGCAACGCCACGCUGCCAGGAGAGACCAACUACACCUUACACAGAGCUGGACACUGUCUUGCCAAACAGAUGUUUACAUCGUGGAGACGAGAUAAAGAAGCUCACCGAGAGCAGCCUCAUCUGACAGAGCGUUCCUGGCUGCUGAUCACCUCCACGCUGGCCUCCCUGCUGUCAGCCAGCCUGCUGCUCCACUUCGUACGGGCGUGUCGCGGCGCGGCCGCCGCUCACUUCCCCGAGCGCCGAGACUACUCCUACGUCCCGCUGGCCGACAUCAACGGAGCCGAUUCGCGUGCCGAAGCCCGGUCCAGGAAAUCCGGGUUCGGAAUGGACGACUCGGACUCUCAGGAUGAAAUCUGGUCCCCGUCGCAAUCGGGGAGGUCAUGAGCCGCGUCGCGAAAGGACGGGAGAGCCGAGGACGCUCUCCGCGCUAGCGCACAAAGACGAAGCAUUCCUCUUGCUUACUUCAAUCUUCUAAUCUUGUCAGAUUUCAGCCGGACGAUCCUGCUGAAUGAAAAAGGAAGCUAUAGGACCGAGCACAAACCGUUUUGUUACAUCCUUUUUCACUCCGCUGGCAGCUGGUGAGAUCUUUGCUCACGUUUGUGUUUACAGCCGACGCCUUCUCAUCUGACGAUGAAAGGAAAUCCUCAAAAAGACAGAGGUCAAAGCUUUAUUUCUGGAAUGUCUCAAUCCCAGCUCCAGGUAGGAGAAGCUUUCCACCUUGCUGCCAUGAAAACUGAUCAUGAACUUUGAUCUACAUCCAGGGGCCUGUAUCACAAAGUUAUCCAGCCAGCUUUGAGCUUAAAGGACAAAUCCAGCGCCAAAUGAACCUAGGGGUUAAUAAGACAUGGGUACCAAGUCGACCGUUCUCUGGGAUAUGUUUUCAUGCUAAUCCAAUGUGACCAGUUUUAGCGCAAACCGCUAAUUAGCUUGUAGCGCUAGUCGUCAGGGCAUGCGUAAAGUAAAAAGAAAUCUCUAUUUCUACACCACUAACAAGGCUCAAAAUAGCACCACACUUCCACAGUAGCAUAAUGAGGGUCCCUACAUGUAAACCGAAGCAUUGAGAACUUUGUAAGCGUACAGACGGUUUAUUAAAAACAUAGUUUAUAAAGUACCGUUCACGUAUACAGGCAGGCGCCAUCUUGGGAAAGCAGUCAUGACUAUUCGAACUAAGUAUGAAGCUAAAACGGUUGAUAAUAGGUCUCCUUUAAGCUCCGCUCAGCGACUAAGUUGAACUUCAUGACGCAGGCUCCUGGUGUGAAGACAUUUUCAACUUGUUGCCACGUAAACGGAUGAACUUUGAACUCUCACCGUGACGUUUUAAAACAAACUGUUACUAAGGUGUUUUUUAAUUUUUUUGGGGGGGGCCAGGCAGUUUCUUAUCAACAUGGGGACAUUUUUAGAUGUUUUGUCAUAAUGCACUGAGCUCCAUCUGAAUGUAAAAUAACUGCGAAGUUAAUGUGCACGAAGAAGCACAAUUUUCUCCAAACGACGCCACGUACAGUAUAUUUGCUCAGUUGAAACUCUCUGUUCGUAUCUUAUCAAGCUUUUUUUUUUUUACUGCUCACUGAAAAAACAUUCUUUAUAAUGUCAUUUGUGAAUGUCACCAAAACUCUGAAAUAAAUACAUGUGAAUAUCAGGAUUCACUUUUGACAACUAAAA